AUGGGCAUGAAUUUCUGGCAUUCUACGCAUUAUUUGUACUGGAUGAAGGACGUGACCAAGGCUGAUUUGCGCAAGAGGAAUCCACUGGAUCGUAAACAUUUGACGGACGAUGAGAUUGACAGCAUCCAUCUAGCCAAUAUUUCAUUGCUCGAGGAGAUUGGACCCCGGUUGAGGGUUCGCCAGAUCAUUAUUUAUACGGCAAUCAUCUUCUACCGUCGUUUCUACCAGACCCAGAGCUUUGUAAACUUUGAUCCACAUUUGAUCGUUGGAACGGUAUUUUUUCUCGCUUCGAAGGUAGAGGAGAGUCAGCUGUCCCUGACAACAGUCGCGUCUGUUCUCCAUCAUUAUACCACGACUGGUGUCGAUGAAGACGAGUCCAUGUACACGUUUCAAGACAAGGAUAUUCUUGAAUGCGAAUUUUACGUGAUUGAGGCCCUGCAGUUCGAUUUGAUCUUGCAUCACCCGUUUCCAUCUCUUCUCCAGCUCCUAGAUGAAUUUGAAAUUCACGAAGAGUGUCUUCAGCUUGCAUGGCAAUUAGUGCAAUAUUCUUACCGGACGGACAUCAUUCUGCUCUAUCCGCCAUUCAUGGUGGCUUACGCGGCCACCUACAUUUCUUGUCGGGAUGCGGGCUACGACACCGAACAGGUGUUUGCCUCCGUAAACCUUAAAAAGGAGUUGCUACUAAAAAUCGUCGGAGAAUUUCAAGAGGCUGUAGAGGAAGAGAAGAAGCUGUAUAUGGUACAGGCGGCAGCUAUCGAGCGAUUGGAGGAGAUCAUCCCAGACGCAACUGCUGCUGAGACCGAGGCCAUACCUAGUGUGUCGGCGGAGAAAUGA